AUUUCUCCCAGUUGUCCUUUUUGGAACUUCACCCGGCGCAGCUGCCAUUUCGUCUUUGAUCGCGCUGAACUUGGUGACAGCAGCAGCAGCUUUCAGCACCAUGGACAGCGGCGUGGUGCACAUCUCCAAACAGGACAGGUGUUCUUCCGGCCACCCGGAGGAGGACUGCGUCUCAAACUUCACCUGGCAGCCGGACAUCUUCAACUACACCCCCAACGGCACGUGGGACUCCGAAGCGGACUUCAUGUCCCCGAUCAUCCCCGUCAUCGUGGCGCUGUACUCCGCCGUGUUCGUGGUGGGAUUGGCGGGUAAUUGUUUGGUGAUGUACGUCAUCAUCAGAUACACCAAAAUGAAAACAGCUACCAAUAUCUACAUCUUUAAUCUGGCUGUGGCCGAUGCUCUGGUCACCACCACCAUGCCCUUCCAGAGUACUGACUACCUGCUCAGCUCUUGGCCAUUUGGAGAAGUGGCAUGCAAAGUCUUUAUUUCUAUUGACUACUACAACAUGUUCACCAGCAUCUUUACCUUGACCAUGAUGAGCGUGGACCGCUACGUGGCUGUGUGCCACCCUAUCAAGGCCCUGGAUUUCCGCACACCCAUGAAGGCCAAGAUCAUCAACGUGAUCAUUUGGGUGCUGUCAUCAUCUGCCGGUGUCCCUGCCAUGGUACUCAGUGGCACGAAGACCAGUAAUGAUACUACAGAAUGUGCCCUACAGUUCCCUGAACCCUACAUCUACUGGGACACCCUAAUGAAGAUCUGUGUCUUCAUAUUUGCCUUUGUGGCUCCUGUCAUUAUCAUCACCGUCUGUUACACGCUGAUGGUCCUACGGCUGAAGAGUGUACGCCUGCUGUCAGGCUCACGUGAGAAAGACCGAAACCUACGCCGGAUCACACGCCUGGUCCUCGUAGUGGUGGCUGUCUUUGUGGUGUGCUGGACUCCCAUCCACAUCUUCGUUCUAAUCAAGGCUCUGUCAUCCAACGUACCAGAGACCACUGCCGUGACAGCCGCCUACUUCUUCUGCGUGGCACUGGGCUACACCAACAGCAGCCUCAAUCCCAUUCUCUACGCCUUCCUGGACGAGAACUUCAAAAGGUGCUUCAGGGACUUUUGCUGUCCCAGGAUCCAAGGCCAUGGUAACAGCCAUGCUGUGAGCCGGGUGAGAAGCACUCUACGGGAUCACUCGUGUCCUACAGAUGCACGGGAGGAUGGGAGGCAAGCCAGGGCCGUAUGACUAGCCAUGGACUCAACAUCUGUUUGCCAGCAGGGUUGUGAAGACUCCGUUGAUGUUGAUGUGACUCAAAUUACCACUGCCAUCUGAAAAUUAGAAGCCAGUGAGAGGGCGAGUUCUUAUUUCUUUAUCUAGAAAGUG